AUGCCGUCACGGGUGCAUGAAUUGAUGUCGAUAUGCUGGCGUCAGAUCCCCGAUGAACGGCCUCGGUUCGGACAGCUUGUCGUUGAGUUGGCUCAUCUUCUCGGUCAAUCCCUGGAGCCAGAGUCAGACGAAGUUGUCAAGGCCUUGCCGCUUUCGCUUUCUACUGAACCGGUCUUGUCAUCAGCAGGCGCCAAGUCUACAUUUCGACCUGUCGAGCAGGCGCUCAGCGGCAUCUGGUCUCACGAGUCCAAAACUCCUCGCCCUAGCAACCGGCACUCGCGGACUACCCACUCUGCUAACUCGCCACGGCUUGAUACAAAUGAAUCUGCGGUUCAGCCCUCACAAGCCUGGCCGGCUACAUCGGCAUCUCAUGUGUCUGAUUCACGUCCCACCUCCGACUCGUCAUCACUAUUGCCGACUUCUGCCUCAUUCUCCUCCUCUUCAGAUUCCUCGUCAUCUUUUCCUUCUCCUCUGCCCUCCCCUUCGGCUCAGAUUCCAGUUUCCACUCUUUUUCAGGCAACCCAGCCAUCCCAGGCAUGGACUCAACAGUCAAGCCUGCGAAUACAUUCGAAAGUGUAUCCGUCCACCACAUCUUCGUCAAAUACAAUUCAGUGA